AUGACAGGCAGGAGCACCUCAUCUCAGCUCCUGGAGACUCUUCCACUUUCAAAUAUAAAAUGGAUUUGCCCAACUGCUCCUACCCGUCCUGUGGCCAUACUUGGUGGCUUUUUUUGCACUGUAUGUAAUCACAAAUCCUUAUCUACUGCACACUACAUAAAGUCGCGACACUGUAACACUGCAAAAGCUUUUCUUGCCUUAGACUCUUCAUACAGAUGGGCGCUUAGUGGCACUCCCCUGCAGAACCGUGUUGGAGAGCUGUAUUCUCUGUUCCUUAUUCCUAUUGUAGCUCCUAAUCUAGCAGAAUCUUGUGGGGAAAGACAAACCACAUCUAAUAGUACCCAAGAUGCUCAGGGUCAAGGAACAUCCACUGCCACUGGUCACUCCAGCACGAGUGCUCCCAAGCUUAGAUAUGAUGGUGCCAAAUGUUGGCACCCACCUAAGCCUGGAUUGAAGCGUAUCUCUCAGGUUUUUAAAGAAAACUACAACAAGCCUUGGCUGAGUUUUGAUGAGGCAGAUGAUGAUACUCGAAAAAUAUGGUGGACUGAGUGGAGGAAAUGCUUUGACAUUAUUGAUACGGAAGAGGAUGAUAUCUAUCAAGCUUGGAGGUUUAGGGCUGCCAAGCUCUUGCGAGGUAUGCUCCAUGCCAUUCGCAAAAAAGGUGCCCGUCCAUAUUGGAUCCCACCAGAAGUUCUCGGUGAAUUGAUGAGACAUUGGGACACUGAUGCCUAUAGACAAUUACAGGCGAGAAAUACAGCUGCCAGGAAAUCGACUCGAGGUACUUCCCUUCACACUGCAGGAGGCACCACUUUUCCAGAAGCGAGGUUACGCUUGAAUCAUUCGCUUGGAAGACCAUCACGUAUGGAUGAGUUUUUUGAGCACACUCAUACUCGCAAAGAGGAUAGGACUCAAUGGGUUGAUGAACACUCCCGAAAGACAAAGGAUAUAUUUCAGGAGCGUAUGUUUCAGGCUGAGCAAGAGCGGAAGACUGCUAUAGAGGCUGGUGUAAUUGAUCCACCGCCUGUCUCUGAAGAAAGCAUAUGGAUUGAGACAGUGGGUGGAAAACGAAGAGGACAUUAA